AUGUCUAAAUAAUCAAAAGAUUAAGAGAAAUUAGGAAAGUUUUAUACUUUUGAAGUGACAGCAGAGAAAUUAUAAACUGUUUAAUAAAAAGCAAGAAAAAUGUAUAUUAAACAUUUUAGAAAUGCAUUUAUAUUUGGAUUUUGUAUUGAAUUAAUGAUAACAAAAUCAAGAAUUUGUAUCUUUAUUAUAUAUUAUUUAGAUGAAAAUAUUGUUAGAAAAAGUACUUAAAGAAGAUUAGAAUCAAAAAAAAAAGAAGAUGAUAAUCUUAAAUUAACAAAUAAUUAUAUAAAUCAUAAAUGA